AUUCAUCUGAAAAUGUCCCAGAUUACUUAAAUAAAAAUAUAUUUCCAACUUUAUUAACUGCAAUGGAAGAAAUGUUACUCGAAGCUGAUCGUCGAAAUGCGAUAGAAACACAUAAAUGCUCCUUCAACGGAUUGGAUUAUCUCGCGGAGAUUCUUUGGAAUCGAAACUCGCGACAUCCGAGUAGAUUGUGCACCUGGCAGAAUGUGUUUAAUAUACCACAGUUCAAGCUAUGGUUAAAAUUGCAUCCCAGACCAAUUUAUCCAAAAUCAUGGUUGUGGACCAAAGAGGAGGCCGCCUUAUACAUACAAAGCUACGUUCGCGGUUGGCUCGUUAGAAAAAGAAUGGAUGUUCAGGAGAUGCGUCAGUUUUGGAAGGUCAUUCGCGCGGAGAAAGUGGACGCUCCUCCCGAAUUCGAUUGUACAUCCAAUAAAACAGAGCUUUGAGAAUCA